AUGGGCACGCUGUGUGCUGCUAGACGGGCUGCCGCCUUUGUCCGUGGGGAUGAUGUAAUCCACAAGUUAUUUACAGAAUUGGCAUACCGAUACAAAGAUAGGGCUGGUGGAUAUACGAGGUUGCUUCGCACCCGAAUUCGAGUUGGUGAUGCAGCCCCUAUGGCUUAUAUUGAGUUUGUAGAUAGGGAAAAUGAACUUAGGCAAGCCAAGCCAUCGGCCCCACAGCCACCGCAGAGGGCACCGUUGGAUCCCUGGACAAGAGACGAUGCGUACAAGAGAAAGCUGCAAAGAAUCAAAGUGAGGAGCAUAGGGAGUCCUUUUCAAUUUGCAACAGCAGGCAGGAGCAGUAAAUGGAAGUUACAGUCCUUCAAAUUUAUCUCAAUCCUCUUCAUGCUUGCUGCUUUUUACACUAUCUUCUCUUCUCCAACUUCCUGUCGUCAAAAGGCCGGCACAACUUCCCACACGUGGAUAUCGGGCGGCCCAGACCCUCGUUAUGUAUCGGAUUUAGAAACCAACUGGGAAGAAGUUUCGAAAACUCUACAUCAUUUGCUGCGAAGUGACCAAAUCAAAGCCGUGGGCCUACUUAAUUUUGACAAUGACGAGAUCCGGCAGUGGCGUCAGCUCAUUCCAAAUGCAGACCACACCGUGCUGCAUCUGGACUACGCUGACACCAACCUCACAUGGGAGUCCUUGUACCCUGAGUGGAUUGACGAGGAGCAAUACGUAGAAUUACCAAAAUGCCCCACACUCCCAACUCCCCAGCUUCCCGAGCGGCGGCCCGAUCUAGUUGCAGUCAAGCUCCCAUGCUGCGACGAGGAAAACUGGUCGAGGGAUGUCGCUCGGCUCCACUUGCAGAUGGCAGCUGCCAGCCUGGCUGCCUCGUGCAAGGGUCUUUACCCAGUGCACGUGCUUUUCGUGACGAGGUGGUUCCCAAUACCUAACCUGUUCUCGUGCAAGGAUGCCAUCGCAAGUGGACGUGACACGUGGCUGUACAGGCCGAAUUUGAGCGAGUUGAGAGAGAAGCUCCGUUUGCCGAUCGGGUCGUGUGAGCUCGCGCUUCCGCUUCUCGGCAUAGAAGACGAGUUCCCAGAGAAGCAGCAGCAGAGGGAGGCGUACGCUACUAUCCUCCACUCAGCAUCGCUGUACGUGUGUGGCGCAAUCGUGGCAGCCCGCAGCAUCCGAGCGUCCGGUUCAACCCGCGACCUCGUCAUCCUCGUGGACGACUCCAUCACCCCAGCGGAACGUUCCGCCCUAUCCUCCGCGGGAUGGCUCGUGCGCACCAUCGCCCGCAUCCGCAAUCCUCACGCGGAGCCCGAGUCCUACAACGAGUGGAACUACAGCAAGUUCCGCCUCUGGCAGCUCACCGACUACCACAAGAUCAUCUUCAUCGACGCGGACCUCCUAGUCCUCCGCAACAUCGACUUCUUGUUCCGGCUGCCUGAGAUCUCAGCCACGGGCAACGACGGCCCGCUUUUCAACUCAGGGGUUAUGGUGCUCCAGCCCUCCAACUGCACCUUUUCUCUCCUCACUGCCCACAUGGCCGACAUCGAGAGCUACAACGGCGGGGACCAGGGCUACCUCAACGGGGUCUUCACGUGGUGGCACAGGGUCCCGCGCCGCGUCAACUUUCUCAAGCACUUGUGGGUGGGGGACGACGGGCCCGCUCGGCAGAGAAAGGCGCGGCUCUUGGGGGCGGACCCGCCGGAGCUGUACGUGGUGCACUACCUGGGGAACAAGCCGUGGGCGUGCUUCCGGGACUACGACUGCAACUGGAACGUGGGGAUAUUGAGGGAGUUUGCGAGCGACGAGGCGCACGAGCGGUGGUGGAGAGUGCACGACGAGAUGGAGGAGGGGCUGAGGGAGCAUUGCCUGCUGCGGACGAAGCAGAAGGCGCAGCUGAUGUGGGAGAGGAGAGAGGCUGAGAAGGGGAACUACUCGGACGGGCACUGGAGGCUCCCAAUCAAGGAUCCUCGGCUGAGGAGGUGCAUCGACCAGGACUGCAGCUGGCAGGGGAAGCUGCGGCACUGGGAGUCCAAGGGUCCGCCGCAUGCUGCAGCCAUUGCUUUCCCGGGGACCAAAAAGAAGCGCCCUCUCACUAUCUUAUAA